AUGGCACCCACCUCGGCCCUCCCACAAAUCUUGACGUAUAUCUCUGCCCUCUACUACAGCUACAUCCACCCGUUCCUGCCGUCACCGAUCCAAAGUUUCCUCAAUACCAUCACCCCCACCAUCACCAACCUCGUCACCUCUGCCACAAACGGCGACCUGACCUCACUUAUCUCCACGCUCAUCAUUGUCUACCUCUCAUUACGCAUCGCAGACUAUAUUCGGCGCAGCGUGAUUGCAUGGGUGGUGUUCAUCUUCAAGAUUGUGCUUAUUAUCGGGUUGGUCAAUGCUGCUGUGUAUGUAAACAGGGUGGGUGUGGGUAGGGCGCUGGAAGACGCCGAGUGGGUGUUGGAUCUGGUCUGGGGCUUCGUCGAGCGAACAAUUGCCACAGCGGGAAAUGGAAACGAUAGCCAUACUGGCUAUUUUGGUGGUCCCGGGGGACAGUGGACUUUCAAUGCCGGUGAUGUGCGAGGACGACAACAGGUUCCGAUGGGGAAGCGGGCCACUAAGAGACGAAGUGGAGGAUGGAGUUAA